GCCUCAUGAAGAGACAACCCUAAAUAUCUCUCCCUCUCGUCGAUGAGUUGACAACGUUCAAACUCUCUGCCCAGAUGAAAGUUCGUUGCCAUGGAAUCACUUUCGGCAGAUUUUAUACCCGGUGCUGAUCCAGCCCGGCCCAACGCCUCCGUUUCGACCGCAUUUAGUGAUGGUGAGCCCCCGCAGGAUGCGACUUUCAUCGGUUUAUCGGACCAGGCUUGUAAGGAGUGCCGGAGGAGAAAGGCCCGUUGUAACCGGUCUCUCCCAACAUGUAACAUGUGCAUCAGAUACCGAAGGCAUUGCCUGUAUGAAAAGCACGCACGAACGCCAUUGACGCGGAAACAUCUGACGGAGGUAGAGACGCGUCUGGAACGAGCAGAGGCCCUGGUUCAGCAGAUGCGUACCCUGGUGCCAUCUAAUAUGAGGACGUGGGAGCGAGUGAAUAACCCGGUUGCAACAGCUACCAGCCAACCCCAGCAACCACCUGAUCAGCCAUUCAACUUCUCAAGCACCCCUCAGGCGGCGGAACCACCAGGGGCUGACGAUGCCGAGCCUAUCUCUUCCACGUCUGAUAUGAGUGCAUCAGCUCAGUCUGGCUUGCAUCUUUCUGGCUCAGCCGAUAGUGUUCAAGACCCCAACCCAUCAAACGUGGACCAUCAGAGGAUGUUGGAAGGCCCGCCCAUUGAUAACUUUGAGUGGUGUGAGAAGACGUCCGUCCAAGUUCACGGAUUGUCCCCAGACGCUGUCGCAGAGCCUACAGAAGAGGACAGUCCAAUUUCCGAUGGCAUGGCAUCCUUAACCGUCAAUGAGGGCGAGUCAGGUUAUCUUGGAGUUGCUUCAGGUGCCGCGCUAUUGCGUCUUCUUGAGCCCAAGUCACGUCGUCGGUUGUCCAGAACGCAGCAGACAGCCUCCUCGAUUUACCCAAUGAUACCACAGCCUAACCCGAACCGCCAUGUUUCUGAGUCCAUGAUCGACGCAUACUUUCGGCUGUAUCACGUUAGUUACCCAAUCAUUCACGAGCCAACGUUCCGCGCCCAAUAUAGCGAGGUCAUACCUCGACCCAACGGGGCGUGUUGGACCGUCCUGGCAUACAUCGUCGCCGCCAUCGGCGUAUGGGCCUCUUCAACUUCAUCAAUUGAAACGCUGGACAUGGCAUUAUUCAAACAGGCUAGCUCGAUUCUUAGCUUUGACUUCCUCGAGGUCGGAAACUUGGCCUUGGUGCAGGCAUUGACACUGGCGUCGAACUAUCAACAAAAACGGGACAAACCAAACUCGGGGUACAACUAUCUCGGACUAGCCGUGCGAAUGGCGAUGGGUCUGGGUCUUCACAAGGAGUUCCAGGGCUGGAAUAUCUCUCCGCUAAAUAUGGAGAUUCGGCGACGGGUAUGGUGGUCUUUGUGUGUUUUUGAUGUUGGUGCAACCAUCACCUUCAGUCGUCCAGACGUAUGGCCAUAUAAAGGAGUCGAAGUCUCAUUUCCACUCAAUGUGAAUGACAAGGACCUAACAGCUGCGUCUACUUCUUACCCAACGGAAAGCAACCAGAUCACGCCAUAUACUGCUGUCGCCACACAAGCACGUUUUCAUAUCGCAACACGUGAAUGCUACGAACGAAUUAUUUCGAAACCAUUUCCUUCUGCCGACGAGUUACUCCGGAUGGAUUCUACGCUGAUUGAAACUUGGCAAGCUGCAAUCCCAGCAUAUUUCAAAGAACAGACCCUGGUUCCACCUCGUUACGCUCUCUGUCAAGCUGUCAUGUCUUGGAGGUUGCGUAACCUGCGGAUUAUUCUUUAUCGCCCCUUUGUCAUCCGCAGAGCGCUAAGGCGUCGGGCUGAUCCCGACGAAGCGAACUCGAAAGCGUACGAUCGAUGUCUUGCCGACGCAAAAUCAUCGAUCACCAUGAUUGCUGAGUAUUGGGCACACCAUGAACACAAUCGACUUGCUGCAUGGUAUGGUUUAUACUUCCUCUUCCAAGCAGCUCUUAUACCUUGUAUUUGUCUUCGCAAUCAGCCUUCAGCUUCCGACGCAUCAGAUUGGCGGGCACAAAUCACAACCACUCUGCACACCAUAACAGCACUUGCGCCUAACAACGCCAGCUCAGCACGAUGUUAUCAAAUUAUAUCCGAUUUGUCCGGGCGAUUUCUCGAUAAUGACCAGGUCGAACAACCUGUCCCUCUGGCUCCGACAGAACAAGAUCCCGUUGGAGGAAACGAGAACACAGGGCAACAGGUAGGGCCGGAGCAAUGGAUACCAGAGCCAGUGGAGGAGAGUCCCCAGACGCAAAUAAACAACGUCUUUAGUAUGAUGUGGCCAAAUGCGCCGCCUAUGGAGGUAGCAGAUGUUGUCAUGGGCGACGAUGCUGGGUGGAUGGACUUUUUACGGUUGGAAAGCAAUCAUGGUUGGGAGGGGCCAAAUUCUUAAGACAGUGCAAGCUUCCAAACGCUGCCAAACUCGUCCUCAGAUCAUUUUUCAUAACUCCAGAUGACUGAAGAAAUGUACUAAAGCUUCAUUUAAUUUCAUAUCUCAUUUAAGGCCCACCAUCCCACGAUAGUUAACCUCGUCACUUCAAAUAAGUUGAGGGCCUUGCUAAGUAUGUGCCACAUAGACAGUUUUUCAGUCUCAAUCACUUGCUGUCAAGUGGUGGGAGAUCACCGU